AUGAAAGGCAAUCCGAAUAAUAUUCAAAACUCAAACGAGAAGAAGCCUGCAAUCUUUAGCAAUCUAAAUUAGAAUCUACUCUCAGUUUCUAAUCACUCUUCAAACACGCGCAGUAACAUCUCUAAUAAUGCUCCUGCUUCUAAUGUUCAUAAGUUAAACACCUAAACUUCAAACUUGAGUGCAACGAGAAUGCACAGAUUACCCAUAUGCUCAUCCUUCCCAUGUAAUGUAUCAAAACUAGAGACAAAUGACAUCAGUCCUAGAAAAGUAGAAGUCCCUCAAACUCGAAGGAAUUCUACCUAGGAUGAUUCCUCAGCCAUUCAGUGCAGGAUAUGCUUCCUCAAGGAUCUCAGCUUGAUAUCGCCCUGUCUCUGCAAGGGUAGUUUAAAGUUUGUACACGAGGAAUGUUUAAUUCAUUGGCUACAAGCAUCUCACAGAAAGAAAUGUGAACUCUGUGGGACACCCUUUUAUAUUUACAAGGGCAGAUCCUCUAUUAUGGAAAUUAUCAACAGGACAUUGAAGCAUUUUAAGGAGGAUAAGAGCCGGCUGUUCAGACUGUUGAUAUACAUAAUUUACCUGUGGCUACUGAAAAAUAGACUAUUCUCCUUAAUCAGAGUAUACUACAACCUUGUCAAUUAUGCUGGUCUUCUAACUAGCUACAGAGGAGUACAGUCGAAUAAGAAAUAUAAUACAGUUUCUCAAGGAGGCUAGUAUAAAGCUGAAGGUGCUGGCAUCGGCAAUGGAAUGCUUCAAAGCAAUAGUUAUCGUAUAACUGAGGCUUCUAGAUCAAGAGCCUCCUCAUUUUAUAGUGGGCGUCAGUGA